AAGACAAAAAAUUUGAAGAGAAGAAACUAACAGAUCUUCUUGGGCUCUUCCAAAGAACUUUGUGAGGAGCACAAGCUAGUCAGAAGAGAGGAGGGUAGUAGUCAUGGCUGAGGGAGUAGUUUUGUUUGGAGUUCAGAAGCUUUGGGAGCUCUUGAGUCGAGAAAAUGAAAGAUUGAAGGGAGUUCAUGAGCAAGUUCUUGAACUACAACGUCAGCUAGGAAGGUUACAGUCCUUGUUAAACGAUGCAGAUGCCAAGAAACAUGAAAGUAAAAGAGUAAGAAACUUCUUAGAAGAUGUCAAAGACAUUGUUUAUGAUGCUGAGGAUAUAAUCGAAUCUUUUCUCCUGAGUGAGGAAAGAGAGAAAGAAAAAGGGAUCAAGAAAUCUUUGAGAAGACUUGCUUGCUUCUUAGUGGAUCGCCAUAAAUUUGAUUCGGGUAUCAAAGGGGUUACUCUGAGGAUAUCUGAUGUGAUUGGAGAGAUGCAGAGUGUGGGAAUACUAAAGAUCAUUGAUGGUGGUCGUGUUCUGUCUACGCAAGAUAGACAAAGAGAGAUCAGACAAACGUUUCCUAAUAACUCAGAAAGCGAUCUUGUCGGAGUGGAACAAAGUGUUGAAGAGUUGGUUGGGUGUUUGGUGGUUAGUAACAACAUUCAAAUGGUUUCUAUUUCUGGAAUGGGUGGUAUUGGUAAAACAACUCUCACUAGACAAGUUUUUCAUCAUGAUAUGGUACGUCAUCAUUUUGAAGGCUUUACAUGGGUUUGUGUUUCGAAAGAUUUUACACAGAAACAUGUUUGGCAAAGGAUCUUGCAUGAUUUAAGUCAACCUGAUGCAGACAUUUUCCAGAUAGAUGAACAUACACUCCAAGGUAAACUUUUUAAGUUGUUGGAAACUGGUAAAAAUUUGAUUGUUCUUGAUGAUGUAUGGAAAGUAGAAGAUUGGGACCGAAUCAAAGCAGUGUUUCCGCAACACGGAGGCUCCAAGAUAUUGCUUACUUCUCGCAAUGAGGGUGUUGGUUUACAUGCCGAUCCAACAUGUUUUUUCUUUAGACUAAGAAGUCUUACUCAUGAACAAAGCUGGACACUAUGUCGAAGGAUAGCAUUUUCUAAGAGAGACAAAACAGAAUUUAGAAUUGAUGAAGAAAUGGAAGCCAUGGGUAAGAAAAUGGUUACAUAUUGUGGAGGACUACCAUUAGCUGUUAAGGUGUUGGGAGGGUUAUUAGCAACAAAACAUACAAUUCCCGGGUGGAAAAGUGUAUAUGACGAUAUUGGAUCUUAUAUCGUUGGAGGAUCUAGCAGCUUAGACGACAACAAUCUCAGUUCUGUUUACCGAGUUUUGAGUUUGAGCUAUGAAGAUUUGCCAAUGUGUUUAAAGCAUUGCUUCCUUAGCCUAGCUAGUUUCCCCGAAAACUACAGGAUAAAUGUUGAGACAUUGUUUAAUUACUGGGCUGCAGAAGGAAUACUAACGUUGUAUUAUGAUGGAACAACCAUUAGAGAUAGUGCAGAAGGCUACCUAGAAGAGUUGGUUAGAAGAAAUAUGGUUAUUGCUGAGAGAAACUAUGCGACUUCGAGAUUUGACUAUUGUCAUAUGCAUGACAUCAUGAGAGAAGUAUGUUUAUCCAAGGCUGAAGAAGAAAACUUCCUUCAAAUCAUCAAAACCUCUACUUCCACCUCUACCUUCAAUGCUCAAUCUCCCAAUAGAUCUCGCAGACUUGCUUUACAUAGUGGUGAUGCAUUUCAGAUGCUGGGACAUAAAUACAACCCAAAAGUCAGAUCUCUUUUGUUUUUUGGUAUCCAAGAAGAGAUUUGUAUACGAUCAUCAGCGAUGUGUUUCGGGAGUUUACCAUUGCUCAGGGUGUUAGAUCUUUCUCGAGUAAAGUUUGAAGGAGGAAAGUUACCUUCUAGCAUUGGAGAACUCGCUCACUUGAGAUUCUUGAGCUUAAACAAAGCUGAGAUCUCUCAUCUUCCUACUUCUUUAGGGAAUCUAAAACUUCUGCUUUAUUUGAACUUAUUUGUUGAUGUUAGGAAAUCAGUUCAUGUGCCUAAUGUUUUGAAAGGGAUGAAAGAACUAAGGUACCUUUUCCUACCUUAUACAAUGCCUGAUAGCACAAUGGUUGAAUUGUAUGAUCUAGUGAACUUGGAGACCUUGUGGUGUUUCUCACCAGAUCACACUUGCGUGACAGACCUACUAUGUAUGAAAAGGCUCAGGAAUCUAGCUGUCUCUUACCAUGGUGGGUGUAAAUUUGAAACUCUAACUUCAACUCUCAGUCAGUUAAAAGAUCUCCAACAUCUUUGUUUAUAUGAUAUCAAGAACAGCACCCGUGUGGCUGAUGGAAAAGAUUUCAUUCAAGAUUUUGUUUAUCUCAAAGUAUUAGCUUUGGGAAUGCGUAUGGCAAGGUUGCCUGAUCAACAUCGAUUCCCACCGCACUUUGCACACAUAAUUUUGCAGUUUUGCUACAUGGAGGAGGAUCCAAUGCCGAUUCUUGAGAAGUUGCUUCACUUGAAGUGGGUUGAAUUAUCAUGUAAUGCUUUCUCCGGGAAGAGAAUGGUGUGCUCGAAAGGCGGGUUUCCUCAGUUACGUGCGUUAAAGCUAGAUGAACAAGAGGAGUUGGAAGAGUGGAUAGUAGAAGAAGGGUCAAUGCCAUGCCUUCAUAGUUUGAGUUUAAUUGGCUGCAAAAUGUUAAAGGAGAUUCCUGGUGGACUCAAAUAUAUCACUUCCUUGAAGGAACUGAGUAUCAAAUCAAUGAAGAGGAGUUGGAAAGAGAAACUUUCUGAAGGAGGAGAAGAUUAUUACAAAGUCCAACACAUUCCUCGCAUUCAAUUUACCAAGUGCGACGAAGAAUGACAAUGAUGAAAAAUAUCAGGUAAUAAGUUUUUGAAAAUUUUGA